AUGAGCAAGCCAAAAGUUUUGUUAGUUCUUUACUCCGGUGGUGAACAUGCCAAACAGGAGUCCAAGAUGUUGGGAUGUGUUGAAAACGAAUUGGGUAUUCGUCAAUUUAUUGAAGAACACGGUUACGAGUUGGUUACAACCACCGAUAAGGACCGUGAAGGCUCAGAGUUUGACCAACACUUGGCUGAUGCUGAGAUUGUCAUUACUACUCCUUUCUUCCCAGCUUACCUUACCAGAGAGAGAAUUGCCAAGGCUCCAAAUUUGAAAAUCGCCAUUACUGCCGGUGUUGGUUCGGAUCACGUUGACUUAAACGCCGCCAAUGAGAGAAACAUUUCCGUUUUGGAAGUUACUGGAUCAAAUGUGCAAUCGGUUGCUGAACAUGCUGUUAUGGCCAUGCUUAUCUUGAUUAGAAACUACAACAUUGGACAUUUCCAAGCUUCUAGUGGAACUUGGGACGUUGCUGCUGUUUCCAAACAAGCUUAUGACAUCGAAGGUAAAGUCAUUGCUACUGUUGGUGCAGGUAGAAUCGGUUACAGAAUUUUGGAGAGACUUGUUCCUUUCAACCCAAAGAAGUUGUUGUACUAUGACUACCAGCCCAUUCCAGCUGCCGCCGAGGAGAAGUUGAACAAGGCUUCUCAAUUGUACAAUGAAGUCGACACCAUUGUUGAAAGAGUUGAAAACUUGGAAGAGUUGGUUGCUCAAGCCGAUAUUGUCACAAUCAACUGUCCAUUGCACGAACAAACCAAGGGCUUGUUUGACAAGGCUUUGAUUUCAAAGAUGAAAAAAGGCGCAUACCUCGUCAACACUGCUAGAGGUGCCAUUUGCGAUGCUGACGCCGUGGUUGAAGCCUUGGAGUCUGGCCAUCUUGCCGGUUACGGUGGUGACGUCUGGAACGUCCAACCUGCUCCUGCUGACCACGUUUGGAGAAAGAUGCACAACCCUUACGGUCCUCACUAUGGUAACGCCAUGACUCUCCACGUUUCAGGUACCUCCUUGGAUGCUCAAGCUAGAUACUCUGCUGGUGUUAGAAAUAUCUUGGAUGAGUACUUUAGCAAGUCCUACAAUUACAGACCUCAGGAUGUGAUCUGUAUCGAUGGUGACUACGCUACCAAGGCUUAUGGUCAACGUGAAAAGAAGUAA